CUGCCUGAUUGCGCUUGUUAGUGCUGUGAAGGGCAGGACACAGAGCAGGCCUCUUCUGCUCAGCAGUCUCCUGGCAGGCAAGACAGCUGACAGGCACGCCCUAAGGCCGCCUCUGCCGUGCCUGUUCAAGGCCUCAUCCCAGCAGAGUCAGCUGAGCAGGCCAGCUCUGCAGCCUGUCUGCGGCGUCAGGCAGCAGGCUGCUGCCCAACUUCAUCAGUCUGCUGCGCAGCUGCUCCCUUGCACCUCUGCACCACCACGGUCCUGCCCUCAUCAACGCACAGCAAGCACCCACCCCGCGCCGCUGUCCAGCAUGCCGGCCUCGACGCUCGGCGGGCCAGCAAGCGAGUUCCUCUCCAUCCUGCAGUGGCGCUCGGCGCUUGAGCAGGCCAAAGACCGCGGCGAGAGCGUCGACCAGCUGCGCGAUGCAUCGACGGCGCCGAGCCUGGCCACGCCGGCGUCGAGCAACGCGCCCGCAAGUCUCCUGCGCCCGGCGCAGCCGCGCAAGUACCACUUCGACUUCCCGCGCCCAGGCGGCAUCACCGAGCGCUUCUCCGUCGCCGGCUCCAACUCGCCGUCCGUGGCGGGCGUGUCGCAGUCGCCGGUGCCGGCGCCGCCGGCUUACGAGCGUGUACCUACGCCGAUUGCGAAGCCUGCUUCGGCCCGCACGGUGCACGCGCAGGCUGAGGCUCAUGCGGCGCCGGCCGACGACGAGGACGACGAACGCGACAACGACAUCCUGCCGCCGAAGCGCCGCCGCAAGAGCGACUCGGUCGUCGAGCUGCUCGACAGCGACAGCGACGACGAUGUCGUCGUCGUGCGCCAGCAGUCGCAGCCGCACGCCGGGCGCGCCUCGGACGAGGGAGAGGCCAACAACGGCGGCGGCGGCGGCAAGCAGCACCAUGCCGCCAGCGGCUCGCGCUACGCCAGAGCGGCGCCGGCGAGGCCGCGCCAGCGUGCCAGAGUGACGCAGGGUGCGGCCUCGCGCGCUGCCGCGAGCGGUCCGUCGAAUCGCGUGUUCGGCAGUGGUCAUCGCUGGACCGAGCCCGAGGACGAGCUGAUCUGCGAGAUCUUGCGCACCGCCGCCAAGCUGCCGCACGUCAAGAAGGAGAUCAUGGAGCGCACGGGCCGCUCGCUGAGCAGCACCAACGAGCGCACCAAGUGCAUCAUCAACGCCGGCUUUGAGCACUACUACGGGCACAAGCCGCACGGCCAGUGA